AUGAUGGGCAAUAUAGUCGUAUUUAUUUGCGUGAACGUGGUGGGCGCCUUGAUGCAUUCAUUGAUGGAAACCGCCCAGAGACGAGCCUUCCUCGACACACGGAACUGCAUAGCUGCCCGUCUUGAUAUGGAAGACGAGAACGAAAAGCUGGAAAGGUUGCUGUUAUCUGUUCUACCACAACACGUUGCCAUGGAGAUGAAAAAUGACAUCAUUUCACCUGUUGAAGGCCAGUUUCAUAAGAUCUACAUACAGAAGCACGAACAAGUCAGGUAA